GGCAGCUUUUUUAUCCCAGAGCGCGCCGUCGUUUUGCAGGUUGUCGGAAGCUGGGCGUGGCGCGUGGCUUUGCAUUUUGGAGACAAUGGCGUGGCAGCCGAUGGAGAUCAACCCGGAGAUGCUGAACAAAGUGCUCUCCCGCCUAGGAGUUGCCCCUGGCUGGCGGUUUGUGGACGUGCUGGGGUUUGAGGAGGAUUCCUUAAAUGCUGUUCCCACUCCGGCUUGUGCAUUACUUUUGCUUUUCCCUCUUACUGCUCAGCACGAAAACUUCAGAAAGAAGCAGAUUGAAGAACUGAAGGGUCAAGAAGUGAGCUCCAAAGUCUAUUUUCUGAAGCAGACUGCCAGCAACUCAUGUGGAACUAUUGGUCUGAUACAUGCAGUGGCUAACAACCAAGAUAAAAUAUUGUUUGAUGAAGGGUCCGCACUAAAGGAAUUCCUCAGUGCAACAGCUGACCUCUCUCCAGAUGAGAGAGCAAAACGUCUUGAAAACAGUAAGGCCAUUCAAGAAGCCCACAAUGCAGUAGCCCAAGACGGCCAGUGUCGGGUUGAAGAUGAUAAAGUGAACUUUCACUUCAUUCUGUUUGCCAGUGUGGAUGGGCAUCUGUAUGAACUUGAUGGCCGAAUGCCCUUCCCUCUAAAUCAUGGAGCUAGUUCAGAUGAUACUUUGCUGAAGGCUUCUGCAAAGAUCUGCCGGCAGUUCACAGAACGUGAGCAAGGAGAGGUCCGUUUCUCUGCUGUGGCGCUAUGCAAGUCUGCCUGAAGUUCAGAAGUUAAAGCACACCCAGUAGCCUGUCCAGGAAAACGGUUCAAGCUUUUAGUGCUUUAGAACAUGUUAAAAAAAAAAA